AACCCCCCACAGCCUCAGCCUCGUCCUCAGGUGCAGCAGGUGACUUGGAUUUCACUGAUUUUCUUCAUGUUUGCAGGUUUUUGGGGAGAAACGUCUGAACUCGAGCAGCACACAGACACGUUUCUCUGGGUUUAUUUUCGUGGAGGAUUCUGAGGCCGUGGACACAGGAGUUUUAACCACCAAAAUAAAGAAAAACACAAGACAAAAAUGGAAGAUGGCGGUAAAGCUCCACACUCGAUGGACGGCGGCAGCGGCGGCGGCGGGGGGCAGAGGACACACCACAGACCCUUCUUCUACGUCCAGCCUCCAUCUCAGCCCUACUACAUGUACCAGCACUGGCAGAUGAACCACCCCUACGGACACUACGCUCUGCCCACAGGUUUUAACCUGAGUCGUCCGUGUCUGAACCCGUACCAGUACGUUCAGUAUCCAGGCUUCGUUUUCCCGCACGCGCCGCUCUACCCCGUCGACUACCGCCGCAUGUUCGAGCCCCGCUUCCCGUCUCCUCACUGGGACAACUCCGCCCGCCACCAGCCUCCUCCACCUCCACCUCCACACCCGCCGGGACACCGAGAAACCGCCAGCUCCGAGGCCCAGACCGACCCCAGCGACGCCAUCGCCAAACUCAUAGAAUGUCUGGACAAAAUGCAAGCCGGCGACGCCCAGGGCACCGACCGGGAGCUGGACUCGGGCGUGGCCUCGCAGUCGUCCGCCAUGUUCACGCCGACGGACGAGAAGACGAAGAAGAAGGAACAAACCGUCGGCCGCGAAGUGAACAAAAACGAGAGCUGCUUGGAGACGCCGACUUCCACGUUCUCGACGAUCGCGGUUUACGACGGCGAUUCCAGCCACAGGAGUCUCGACACACUGAGUCCUCAAGAAUGUUGGGCAAGAGGCGUAGAAGAAGAAGAAUUGCCUCUCGAUAGUUCGUCCGUGCAAGAAGAAAACGACGAAAAAGCGAAAGAACAAGUCGUGCCGAUGGAAAACGGACAAGACGUCGCGAGUAUUCAACCAGAUACGAUCGCGACGGAUCAGAACGUCCCGACAUGCGAAGAGCAAACCAAGCCAGACGAAGCAGAUCUAGAGGAAAACAUCGUCCAAAAUCUCCAAGUCGAUGCAAGUUUCCAGAUCCUGAAGUUACCGUUUGAGCUGGAGUCGGAAGCCAAAGGGAUCGGCCGACUUUCCCAAUCGCCGUAUUACUACAACUACCUCUCGAUGCCGUCGACGCACGAGCGCAUGAGCGUCCUGAGCCCCUCCCUGGACGAGCUCUCCUCCAGGGACGAGAUGUUCUCCACGGACCUGGAGGAGGUGGAGCUGGUGCAGAGGCCGGUGUUGGCGGCGGGCAGGCGGCUGGGGGAGGUGGUGUGCGGCGGCGGCGGCGGGGACGAGGUGGACGAGAUCUUGGCGUUGGGGUCGAAGCGUUUCGUGUGCGCGUGCUGCGGGAGGAGCCUGCCCAGAGGAGCGGCGACCAGGAGCAAAGUGCACUGCACCAAGAUGUACCUGGACGAGGGCGAGUCCGAGGAGGACGGGAGAUACGUGCGUUCGUGUGAGCAGCCGAUCCGGGUGGUCGUCCGAAAACACUCCGGACCCAGAAAGACCCAGCCCCUCCCCCGCAGACUCACCAAGACCUGGACCAGACGAGGACCGACCAGAGACCAGACCGAACCGGACCAGGGCCAAGAGAGGAGAGACGCCCAAGAGGAGGACGGAGCGGAGGGGAAGGAGCGCCACAGGGUCUGCCAGGAGCGUCUGUGCAGGGAGGAGUCUGUGUUGGAGUCGAGCAGAUGGACUGAAGCUGCAGUGAGGAGGAAGACCACAACUCCACUGCAAAGACAAGAGCUGCCGCAGAGGAAGCUGCUGCACCACAGGCUCAGAGACGACGAAGAGGAGCCGCCUCCUCCGCUGCACUGGGACAGAGGUUCUGCCCUGAGGGAUCCUCCGUGUUGACGUCCAGAAUAAAAGUGAAACUGAAACUGUUCCCCAGAGGCUUUGGAGGUUUUGGAGGUUCUGUUUGGGGCACGAGGUGAAGCACAGAACACGAGGAGUAUUUAGGUUUGAACGUGAAUAAAUAUAAAAUGGAUUUGUACAGAGACACUGGCCGAGCACGAUUCACAUGAACUCACAAAAACGACGACGACCGAGGAGGACGGAGCCGCUGGGGCCGGUCAAUAAAACUUUAUUUAACA